AACUGAAUCAGCCUCAGACUGCCUGAGUAGUACAAGCUUUUUCAUCUUUCUAUCAUCCCAUCUCCUUUUUUCUCCCGCCCUCUCUCCAUCUUUCUCUUGCUGUUUCUACUCCUCCCUCUGAUGAGCUGCCUCGUCAUGCCAUCCAUUUAUAUCUCCAGCAUUCCAAGCAGAGAGGGAUAAGCACAGAUCAGCCUGAACAUCAAAAAGCAAUAGAUCAUGCUGUCUACAACAGCCUCGGACAUCCACUCCUGAGAUCAGACUGCCUGCCAUUUUUCCUGUUUCAUCUGUCUAUCGCUCAACCUAAAGACCUUUCCCAAGGCAAAAGGAGUGAUUAAAAAACAACAGCAUCUGACCAUCAUUUCUUGAGAGGAACUUUGGGAUUCAUUAGCUCAGUGGGGAAGGAAAGGAGGAAAGAAUUUUGUAAUAUUGCUCCUAUUUUUUGUCUGCUCCUUUUCUCCUCCGUGUCUGCUGGCGAGGGAGCCGGUAGAAGUCUGCCAAGACGCCGCGUGCCGUGCUCCGUGUGAAGAAUGCCCAGGCGCGCCUGCCCAAGCCAUCGGAAGCGGCGCCCACGCCCGCCUCGGGACUCUACAUGGAACGAUCACAGAGCCGAAUCAGUUUGUCAGCCUCAUUUGAGGCUCUUGCAAUCUACUUCCCCUGCAUGAACUCCUUUGAUGAGGAUGAUGGCGAGUCAGAGGGGCGGAGGAUGAAGGGCAUCCAGAGGAGCACAGAGACAGGAUUAGCUGUGGAGAUGCCCAGUCGCACAGUACGCCAGGCCAGCCAUGAAUCCAUAGAAGACAGUAUGAACAGCUAUGGUUCAGAGGGAAAUCUAAAUUAUAGUGGCGUGUGUUUGGCUUCAGAUGCUCAGUUCAGUGAUUUUUUGGAUGGCAUGGGCCCAGCACAGUUUGUGGGCAGACAGACAUUGGCCACAACCUCAAUGGGUGAUGUGGAGAUUGGGCUGAUGGAAAGGAAUGGACAGCUGGAGGUUGAGAUCAUUAAAGCUAGAGGACUCAUCAUGAAACCUGGCUCCAGAGGACCUCCAGCGGCAUACAUAAAAGUGUACCUUCUGGAGAAUGGUGUAUGCAUAGCCAAAAAGAAGACGAAGUCUGUUCGGAAGUCACUGGAUCCUCUUUACAACCAGGUCCUUGUAUUCUCUGAGAGACCACAGGGAAAGGUUGUGCAGAUAAUUGUUUGGGGAAACUAUGGCCGAAUGGAUCGUAAGUGCUUCAUGGGUGUGGCCCGUAUUUUAUUGGAGGAAUUGGAUUUGACAAGCAUGGUGAUUGGCUGGUACAAGCUUUUCCCCACAUCCUCUAUGGUGGACCCCACUAUGGCACCGCUCAUUCGCCACUCAUCACAGCUCUCACUGGAGAGCACAGUUGGACCAUGCUGUGAACGCUCAUAAGACAAAGAACAAAGCUUUUAUUUUGUUUUUUUUUCUGUAAGGGCUCUCAAGGCCCUUGACCUUAGAGUGCUGCUUGUGCAUGACUGUAGCAGCCAGCUGGGGCCUACCAGAAUACUUCAGAAUCCUCUAGAACCACCCAGAAAUUUCAGAAAGUAAUCAUACCCGAAGAAGUGUUCUUUUAUAAUUGCACUUGCUAGGCCAAAAACGUGACCUGAGGACUGACUGACAAUGAGUUCAUAAUUUACAAUAAUUAAAUUGGAUUUACUUUAUCUUCUCUUCAUCAGAGACCCCUCUGUCUUUCUGAACAUGAAUAUGGCUUUGUUGGAGACGAUAUACAUGAUUUGUCUUGGCUUAUUAAUUGUUAUUAAAAGGCGAAAUGUUGCAUCUUUUCUGUUUAACACAGCAAUACAUCACUUUGUAUAAGAUCAAUUUGUGUGAAAAAGUGGUGCAGAAGAAAUACAACUAGUGGUUGCUAACAUAUGUCACAGAAAUAAAUUUUUAGAGUUAUUGUUAACACAAACGAAAUGUUUGAUUAGACAUAAAAUGCUUAUGUUUGGUACUUGGCUCACUCAUUCACUUGCUUUUUUCCCUUCUUGUUUUAACUGUGCUGUUCCUUUAAACAAGCACCUUUACCUGAAGGGUCAUGCCAUUGCCCACAAACCAGAGGCUAACUGAUUUAUCAGGCACAUACAGGAUUUAAAAGGGACAUAACUUUAAUUGUUGUUGUGACCAAUAAUUCCACAUAUUCUAGUUGAGGAAUAUUGGGUUGCUGAGAUACUAUGUCACAAGCAAUUAAUACGAAAAAAUAAAUGAUAGUUUCUUUGUAGGUGUAAGAGCUAAAAAUUAGCAUUAGAAUACCAGAAAAAAGUAUUCAUGAAACAAAUGUAAGUAAAUAUCUGUCACUGCUUCAUGUGAUGGUCUAGUUGUACACUUUAUAUGAAUUUCUUUUUCUCAUAACUGCUUGUCAGGUGUGAGUGGGCCAAUCGAUAUUAUUAUUAAUAUUAUUAUUAUAAUUAUUAUUUGAAACCAUUAAUGUUGCAAAUGCAGAACUUUCAGUAGCAAUGUUAUAGCAUUAUAUGGUAGCAUAGGCAUAAAAGGCUUUCUGGCUUACCAGAAUAUAAGGUCUAGAGUAAGUGGUUUCAAAAAACAAAUCUCAGUACUAACUGAGUAUGUAGCAGCUGAGGUAUAUAAAUUAAACAUGAAUAUGCUAUUGUAUUGCACUAGUUUUUGAAUUGUUCACAAUGGUAAUUAUUCACAGUGUUAAAAUAUAGUAUUGAUGUUGGGCAAGCAAAGAGAGAAGGUUCACUACAUAAGAAAUGACUUAGUAAUUAAGACAUUACAAAGUAAAUUAAAUUGCUAGUUCCUUUUUUGGGGUAAUAAAAAAAUAUACAACAUCUGAAGCAAUAAGA